AAGCGUGACUUCGAAGCGGAAAGAACUACUGUAGAAGACUUAAAAAAUGGCGAGUCCAAAGGACAACGACGAAAGACUGAAAAAACUCUUUGUCGGUGGGUUAAAGAGAGAUACCGAAGAUGACACUUUAAAGUCAUUCUUUGAACAGUACGGGGCUAUGACAGACUGUGUUGUGAUCCGAAGCCAGAGUAAAGAGUCCAGAGGAUUUGGUUAUGUUACCUUCGAAGACGAGGAGAGUGUCCUUAAAGUGUUAGAAGACAAGAAAGAAAAAGGCCCUCACUCCAUUGACGGAAAAGAAGUCGAAGUGAAACGAGCCAUUCCUAGAGAUGAUCAAAGCUCGACGGCUCAUCUCAAAACGAAGAAAAUUUUCAUCGGUGGCCUACCAGACGAGGCAGACGCCGAAAGCAUAAAGCAAUCUUUGGCUGAUCGAGUUCGCGGCAUUACACCAACCAACGUGGACUUAAUCAUGAAAAAAGAGGACGAGACCAAACAUCGGGGUUUCUGUUUUGUUGAAUUUGAGGACGAGGACAUUGUCGAUGAACUGUGCUGCAUAAAACAGGUCUCUAUCAAUGGAAAAAGCGUGGAAAUCAAGAAAGCUGAGCCUAAGGACAAAUCAGGUUCUCAAGGACAAAGAGGACGCGGUGGUCGCGGAGGUGGUCGUGGAAGUUUUGGUGGCCGUGGUCGCGGCGGUGGCGGCGGAAUGGGAGGCAAUUAUCAUGGAGCUGGUGGGUAUGGUGCAUACCCAGGAGGUGGUUAUGACGGCUUUGGUGACGGCGGCGGCUAUGGUGAUGCUAGUUAUGGUGGAUAUGGCAGUUAUGGAGGUGAUUACUACGGUAACAUGGGUGCCUAUCCACAAGCACCUUCUAAUUAUGGCCCUCAGGGAGGUUACAGAAAUAACAGAUACAAGCCAUACUAAAAAUAAAGCAGGUUUGUCUUAAGUCAACAUAACCAGGCAUAAUUUACACUAAGGCACCCAGGACCUAGGCUACCCAAGAAUCAGAGUGUUGCAGUUACAGUUGAUCAAGCAUAUAGAUGCAGUCUAAGCUACUUCAGAAUUACAGGCAUCUUUCAUUUGUAUUCACAGAGUAGACUAUGUUGCAUGAUUUUAACAAGAAACACUUUUAUUGCUAUUCUUUCUAAAUGAUAACAACAUCAUGCUAUUUUUAGAGGUGGAUCUUCAUCUAAGUUCCUUUAAAGUACAGGUGUAAGUUUAAGCUUCAACUUACUCAAACAUCCCUUGAUUUAAUCUUUGUCCGUAAAAUGGAGAAGUUUAAACUUGACAGCACUCUUGCUUUAAAAAAGGACAAGAACAAUUUUAGUUUUUUUCUUCUAUUGGGAAGUGUUAUAUGGGAUAUGUAGUUGUUUUCUGAUUUGUAUUAUGAUGUGUACACAAGCAUGGCCUUUAUUAAAGCUUUGUUGGUUAAGAAUAAAGGAUUUGUUCAUAUUUUAA